CACCCUUCGGCGCUGGUGCAUUUUGCACCUUUGAUGUGACAUCAAACUCACAUGCUUUCGCUUCGAGCAAUCCUUCUUGCUCUGCUCAUAAACGCCAGAGUGAUCAGAUCGGCGAAUGUCUUCAAAAUUGGUGUUGUGACAGUCUCAGGAGGUCUUGGCCAAUCUUUCUUGGAUGGCCUUAUCUGGUGGCGCAACAAAGUCAAUGAAAAUGGAGGACUUCGCACAGGUGAUGACCCUCCGAUCGUCAUGGAGGUGGAACUGGUCUCGUUGGUCGUGUCUUCUCCAACAGAAGCUGCACAGAAAAUCCUGGACUUUUCAAAUGGAAUUCCCGAGUAUGUGCACGCCAUGGUGAACACGUUUCAGCAGUUCAAUGUGGCUGUGAAUGACGUGAUGGCUCAGAACCAGAUUGAGACCGUGUUGAUGCAUUGCUCUGGUGGUACUCCCAGCAUGUACGGCCUGGAAGCCCUUGGCAUUCCAAGGUGGAGCUUUCAGUUUGGUGUCAUGGUGCCGUCCAGCGACUACGGCACUGGAAUUUUCGAGAAAGUCAUGAGCUUCGGCAAGCGGUUACCCAACAACCGAGUCGCUUUCUUGAGCAACGUAGGCAAUGCUUUUGCAAAUUUCACAUGCAGAGAGUCCAUUAAUCGAGCAAGGGCAGCGGGGAUGGAAGUUGAUAACAACGAAAUCUUUGAGUUCACCGACGCAGACUAUGAGACAGCUCUGCCUGCAGCCAUAGCUGCAUUGAAGAACUCUCCGACGAAAGUGAUGAUGGGCUGCACUUGGCUUGCAGAUGGUCUGAAAUUGCAGCAGGAGAUCAUUGACCAGCGUUUAGACCUCCUUGCAAACAUCAUUACCAUUGCGCCAACGAAUCCGGUGUGGGACGCAACUUUUCCUCGCGAUGAAUUCGGCCAAUCGCUUGGAGACUAUGUGCUGUCACCACAGCAAUGGCACCACACACAGAAUUUUCCAGACUACUCUUCUGUGGGCAAUACAAGCACUUUCGCUGCGGAGUUUUAUGCAAACAAUAGCCGAUAUCCGGACUACUUGCUUGCCUCUUGUACCGCCGCCGGCGUUAUCCUUGAGCGAGCAAUUAGCAAGGUGUUGAUGGGCACUUUCCUGCUGCCCGACUCUCCUACGAGUUCGUGUGGAGGCACCAACUGCUUCGAGGAGAGGCUUCGUUUGAUGAUUCGAGACUUCGACGAAGACACCAUGUAUGGGAGAGUUCGCUUCAGCCGAUACAACCAGAAUAUCGGGCAUGAGGCCGCUGUUGUGCAAAUGCUGCCACCGAUGGGCCAAGUUGCUGUGUUGCCCGCAGCCACGGCACAGUCGAGUCUUUAUUUCCCAGCACCCACCUGGGAAGAGAGAGACUCAUGCAAUGCGACCCAGUGUGCCGAACCGCCCGUUUUCCGGAUUGGUGUCAUUUCACCUGAUACUGAAGAAGGCCGCAACAUUUCCCUGGGCCUGGAAUGGUGGCGAGACAAGGUCAAUGCGGCAGGCGGCAUCAAAACUCAAAACGGUAUUUAUCUGAAGGUGGAGCUGAUUUGGAAAAAUACCACUCAGAACGGCGAACCCAACAAUCAGAUUGCAAGAGCAGAGACCAGCAAUUUCAUCAACAGACUCACUGACCCAGUGCAAGCUAUGGUGAACACCUUCUAUGGACACACGGUUGCAGUCAACACAGAGAUGAAAGAGGAAAACAUUGUCAAAGUCCUGCUCCACUGCACAGGAGGCGUUCCAUCCUGGUAUGGCGGCCCUGACGCAGAUGGCCAACCCAAGCCACGUUCGAUUUAUCAGUUUGGCAUCCCGAUUCCAACUACGAACUAUGCUGACAGCAUUUUUAACUUCGUGUCGAAGAGGUUGGACAGUCCUGACACGAUCCCAGACGCCAUGGGUGGGAACAGUCGGAAGAUCGUGUUUUUCCGCAAUGUGGAGAAUGAAAUUACGGACUACACAUGUGGAAUGGCAAUAAGCCAGGCUGUUGCAUCAGGGUUUCAGAUCUUCGAGACCUUGCCAUACAAUGUAUCGGAUGUUACUUAUGUUACGAAAAUGGAGGGAUUGGCUGAUCGCAUGAAGCAAAACGACGUUCGCAUGUCUUUCGGAUGUACCUGGGUGGAGGAUGGAAUUGAACUUCAAAAGGUCUUGACUCGGAAAAUGGUUGAUCUGCAUCUGAAUGUCGUGUGGUCGGCACCAAAGACACGAGAGUGGCUACAAGCAUUUCCACCCGAUGCACAGGGACUCUCUGAUGGCGACUAUGUGAUGUGUCCCACUGCAUGGCACCACACCCAGUAUUUUUCGGAUUUGUCUUCUGUGGGCAACAGCACUUUCUUUGCUGGGGAGUACAAAGACGCCAUAGGUGAAUAUCCAGAUACAAAGGUGGCACAAUGUGCGGCCGCCGGCGUCGUCCUGGAGAAAGCUAUGGCUGGCAUCGUGUGGAAUGGCGUGCAACAGUUUGAUGACACUGACUUCCGAGUGGCUAUUCGGGAUAUCCGUGUUGAUACCUUCUUCGGUGAAGUUCGAUUCGACAACCUCAACCAGAAUGUGGGACAUGACCCUGCAGUGAUCCAAGUCUUCCCUGGGACUGCAGACAAUCCGAACACCAUCCGAACCUCAGUGCUGCCGGAAACGAACUCUCAAAGCAAUCUGAAAUUUCCAGCUCCGACUUGGGAGUGGAGGAACGGUUGCAAGGAGCCCUCUCGGCCGAAUGGUGAGAGCGGGCUUUUCUGUGAGCCAGAGGUUGCAACUGAUGAUGGAACCAUGCAGUAUGUCAUCAUUAUUUGUGUGGCUGUGCCGCUCCUAUUUCUCUGUGCCCUCUACUUUUCCCGAAUGUUUCAGGGUGUGAUACGCAGACGGCGUAGCAAAUACGUGCAGAAAUGGAAUGAAGAGCUGGAGAAAGCACUUUGGGAUCAGGAUGUGGUGGCAGCGAAGGAAGCUGAGAACAAACUCCGACCAUUCAAAGGCAAGAACAUGUUCGGAUUCUCCUACCCUGUGAAAAAUGCAGCGGAAGUAGCGAAGGAACAAAGCUUGCAAGCCGGGAUCGGUGUUCUCUAUUUGCUUUCUGAUGACUUCAUGAAAGUAGUGAAAGCCUCUUGUGGAGAAAACAUCAGGGAUCCAACUUUCCACGACCUGAAGAAGAACUUCUUCAUGCGAGACAACUGGAAUGGCAUGGAGGAUUUUUUCUUCUACAAGAGCUUCAACAUGAUAUGCCCACGGGACGGGCAAAAAGGUGUGGCCCUGACAGACGCAUUUUCAAGGGAAUUCCGGCAGAAGCAGACACACUUCCUUUCGUGGUCUUGGGCCUACACCAUAAGGCAAGUGAGAAGCGGCUUGGACUUUUGGAUUCAUAGUACCUUGAUCGACCCAAGCGAUGCCUUUCUCUUCAUGUGUUUCUUCGUCAACAACCAACAUAGAAUCUUGGUUUCUGGCCAGCAGACCGGUAGUGACGAGUUGGAUCGCAUCUUUGAAGGAAAUCUUGUGAGAAUUGGGAGGAUGAUCGCUCUGCUAGACAAUUGGCGAAAGCCCGUCUACCUGACGAGGAUUUGGACCAUCUUUGAGCAGUACGUUGCCGUCACCAAUCAGAUCGAGGUGAAGAUCAUUCUGCCUAGAGAUGCAGAGGCAAAUCUCUUCAUGACAAUUUCCACCGGAACGGAAGGCAUUAAGUCUGUGAAGGAUUCUCUCUGCACCGUGAACUCGGCCACUGCAGAUGCAUGGUCUCCUCAGGAUAAAGAGGCCAUCCAGGCUAAGAUUUUGGCCGGAUGCGGCUUUGAGGAAAUCAACGAGCAUGUGAGACAAGUGAUGAUUGCAUGGAUUGGAAACGUCGUCAUUGGAGCAAUGCAGCGUGUCGUGAAGGGUGAGGAUGUGCUUGCUAGUGCACACAAAUGGGCAAGUACCAGCUCGUACAUAUCCGAGCACCGCGAUUUUGCAGAGGAUUUAGAUACUUUGCAGCAUGUUCGAUCUUUGCUCUGAGCCCGCAGAAGACCAAGCCAUUGAAGCACUCUUGAAGAGUUUUCAUGGCACGGUCAAAAGCGUCUGCCCUCAUACGAGGGUUGUGAAGGUGGUC